GAGUUUCGUCGCCUAACGUAAUUCGUUGAAAAUUUUCUGAUAAUGUGAUGGCAUGAGUCAGCCUUUGGUUAAUGAACGUUAACGUGCAGAGUGACGGGUAGCAAGCGAUUGUCGUGCAUACUUGAUACAAUUUAUUUUUAACUUAGAUACGUUGUUUGAAACUUGUAGUUAUAAACUCGCCGCUCGUGUAAUUUGGCUGGAUAAAUUUCUACUAAAAUCCCUUAUCGCCGUAUUCAACAUACAAUACAAUGUCGUCCAGGAAGACCGCAGGCCGCCGUGGCACCAACAAGAAGCGCGCCCAGCGUGCCACAUCCAAUGUCUUUGCUAUGUUUGAUCAGGCACAGAUCGCAGAAUUCAAAGAGGCUUUCAACAUGAUUGAUCAAAACCGCGAUGGUUUUGUUGAUAAAGAUGACCUGCAUGAUAUGCUGGCAUCACUCGGCAAAAAUCCAACUGAGGACUACCUAGAGAAUAUGAUGAAUGAAGCUCCAGGGCCUAUUAACUUCACCAUGUUCCUUACAUUGUUUGGUGAACGUCUCCAAGGGACUGAUCCAGAAGAUGUCAUUAAGAAUGCAUUUGGAUGUUUUGAUGAAGAGAACAAAGGGGUGAUGGCGGAGGAAAGGCUCCGUGAGCUGCUGACUACAAUGGGUGAUAGGUUCACUGAUGAUGAUGUUGAUGAAAUGCUCCGGGAGGCUCCAAUCCGCGAUGGUUUGUUCGAUUAUGUAGAGUUCACACGUAUCCUGAAGCACGGCGCUAAGGAUAAGGAUGAACAGUAAGCGUGGAACUAAAUAUAACCCAUAUACUACCCAAUUUUAUCUUUAUUUACUAAGUCAAUUGUCUAUGGAUGAGUUUUUGUAACUGGCAAUAUUACAGUUCAUGUAUUUUUGUAGUCAAAAACAUUUUUUUGAAGAAGUGGUUGCUUCGAUUUUUCGGCGAAUUGAACUGGCCGUUUGAUUGCUGCCAUUGAAAAAAAAUGGGAUCAGUAAUAUUGGAUAUAAUUUGUUAAAUUUUUUAAAUAAAGGUAGAACACAAUGUAUUCUUGUUUUAAAUCCAUCUAAUAAAAUAAUGAUUUGUCAACAGUUCCAUUAUGAUAUUGAGGAUAAAUAUGUGGAUUUUAUUUUCUAUGGAUUAAUCAGUCAUUUUGACAUUUCUAAAAUGUCUGCUGUCAAACUGACAUUUGAUAUAAGUUUAGAAAUAAGUUUUUAACAAUGAGACAUGCAUAUAAUCUCGAGAUAGCGCGGUGCUACAAACUGUAGUUUCUAAGAAUUUUUGCAUUUCAAAUUGAUGGCAUUUUUUUUUCAAAAACAUUUCCAUUUUGUAAUUUCGUUGUAAAAGCAUUUUGUUUUAUUGAUUAGAUAACUAAGUAUUAUUGUCAUUCCUUAAUUGGUUUGUAGAAAAUGUUUGCUGGUUUGUGUUUUCGAAUAUGUAUUUCUUGUUUUUUUUUUUAAAUUAUGAAAUGUAUAUGCACUUUAACCUACUAAUUGUGUGCAACAUAUGUAAUCGUGUAUUUAUUAAAAUAUUACGUACUUAUAAAUUUUAUCAAUAA